UUGUUCUUUAUUUAUGAAUUCUUCCUCCUUCUUUCCCUAACCAGUCCUCACCUUCUAUUCUCUUUCUACAAACCAAUUCAGUUCAGCGACCAUUAAUCUUAAAAAGAUGGAUAGAAACUCUACAUUCUCCAUUGCAUUCAUCUGCAUUAUUGUUGCUACUGUAGGCGGCCAGUCUCCGGCAUCUGCUCCUACUUCCGCUGUGACUCCGACCGCAACUCCACCGCCUAUUGCUACUCCACCACCAGCCAUUCCUCCACCUGUGGCUACACCACCACCAAUCACUCCUCCUCCGGUUGCUUCCCCGCCACCAUCCGUUUCUCCUCCGGCACCACUUGCAUCUCCACCGGCUGAGGUUCCAACACUGGCACCAAGUCAGGAGGAAACAUCACCGGCGCCAUCACCUCUACUUUCUACUCCUGUAGGAGCUCCAGGACCUAAUGUAGCACCGUCACCUAUUUUGGCUGCUUCUGAUCAGAAUGGGGCUGAGAAGAUUGGUAGAAGCUUGAUGAUGGGGUUCAUUUUGUUACCAUGUUUACUGCUCUAGAAGAGAAAAAGAAGAAUUUCCACUUUUAAGUUAAUUAUCGUCAUUAUUAUUUUAUUAUCAUUGGACUUUGAGAUUUUGAUGAAUUCUUUUUUUGAGAAUUUUUUGUCUUCUUCUUUAUUUACAUGAACAGAUCUUUGUACCGAGUUGAUUAUUAGUUGUUUAUUAUGUGAACUUUGAAUUUUUCUUUA